AUGGCGCUAUCAACCGACAGAUCCAACGUGUACCGCUACUGCGCCUGCUUUCCUAAGCAGGUGCGUACGGGGAUGAAGUACAACCAGUUCGGCGUCUGCAAAGAGUGCAACCUAGACUUGCCUGAUCAAGACUCCGUGUACACGGAGUUCAAAAACGUCGAACAGAUACAAUAUGUCGGAACGAAUGGCCUUAAAGAGAAGAGAUAUCUCAUCACAACGAUCAUUGAACAGCAGCGAUUCAGAAGAAGCGUCGAUAAGCUGAUCCGUAAAUAUGGAAUGGAGCCCCUGUCAUCUGCGGUUCAAGAUCUGUUGCAGAAUGGCGCGUUUUCAUCACGUUAUCCCGUAAAGAAGCUGUUUCCGGGUCCCAUCGAGGAAGCCACCACCGAGGAGGCCGCUUGGGAAUCUAAGACACCAGCGGCGGGCGCUUUAUAUGACGAUGAGCCAUCAUGCGAACACGACGCGGCGGAGGCUUCGUAUGGCGUUGAGCCACCGCACGAGCCACCGUGCGAGCCACCGUGCGAGCCGGAAGUCGCAGUAGAAGAAGAUGAAUGUACAAAGGAUGCGAAGCCCGUGGCAACAGAAGAGGAAUACAUCGAUGUGCGGGUUAUGAAGGAGAAACCUUGCGAUGAUGAUGACUGUGUCUUGGUCAGCGACAGCCCAGUCAACGACAUCACCGAGCCCAAAGACCCGGAAGAGGACCACGAGAACCAGCACGGGCUACAACUCUACCAUAAGGGCGACGAAUGUGUACACUUUUGGUAUCGAUAUGACGACAAAGAUGACGCAGCGAAUCUACCACUCAGCAGUCAGUACGAGCUGAUGGUACAGCUGCAGCGAUAUAUUGAAAGAGCAUGCUACGAAUACGGUUGCAGAGAAAUCCCCACGAUCCUCUUGCAAAACUCGUGGGAUUGCAAUGAAGCUGUAACCUUGGAUCGCUGGAUGAGAGAGUUUCUCGAUCGAAUCGAGAUCUUUGACGCAGGAGUCGGCACUGAAAGUCUACAGUCACUAUUCCGAAGGCUAUGUGAUAUACAAACAGCCAAUAGAGACCGCACACGUCUGACUUUGGAUACGAUAGACGAGUUUCUCAGCGACACGCGCAGACUCAUGGGGGUAUUACAUGUUAAAGAAUAUGAGGAUCUCAUCAAGAAGCUCGAAGUAGAUAUUGGAAAGCUACUUAUCGAUUUCGAUAUCAAGAACCGUUCGUUCCGGCAGAAGCGAGAUGGAAAGAUGGAACAGAUUCGGAGUGAGCGGGCCAGGUUGGACAGGCUGGAGCAAGACAUUAUUGCUGAAGUGAAAGAUGGUAUUGAGGGAAAUCAGCGCAUGGUUAAGAGUAAACUCUCACUUGUUUUAGUCGAGACGAUGGCGAAAUUUGAAUGGGAUAGACCAUCAGAGGAAGAGUUGGGGAGAAUGAGCUAA